CACUUUCACUCUUUCUCAUUUACCUCCAUUUAAUACCCACGCCUGACAAGUGACAAAGCAAAGCGCGGCUUUUGAAAUGAUUACAAAGCUAGACAGGGCACUGUUACCCAAAAAAAAGUUCAUCUAUCAUUACAAAAACAUGCGCUGGGCAAGAGGUCGGUGUGAGACAUAUCUCUGCUUUGUGGUGAAGAGGCGAGUGGGCCCAGACUCCAUAUCCUUUGACUUUGGACAUCUCCGCAACCGCAAUGGCUGCCAUGUGGAGGUGUUGUUUCUACGCUACCUGGGAACUUUGUGCCCCGGCCUGUGGGGUUAUGGAGUCACCGGUGAGAAAAAAGUCAGCUACUCCAUCACCUGGUUUUGCUCCUGGUCUCCCUGUGCAAACUGCUCCUUCCGACUCGCUCAGUUCCUCAACCAGACCCCAAACCUGCGCCUCAGAAUCUUUGUGUCCCGGCUUUAUUUCUGCGACUUGGAGGACAGCCGUGAAAGAGAGGGUUUGAGAACACUGAAAAAAGCUGGAGUGCACAUCACAGUCAUGAGUUACAAAGAUUACUUCUAUUGCUGGCAGACCUUUGUUGCCCGGAAUCAAUGCAAGUUCAAGGCUUGGGAUGGGCUGCAUCAAAACUACAUCCGCCUAUCAAGGAAACUCAACCGCAUUCUUCAGCCCUGCGAGACAGAAGAUUUAAGAGAUGCCUUCAGGCUUCUUGGACUGUAAAGUAUUUCCCUGAGCCCCACUGGUGCUUUCAGAACCUAAGAAUUAGACGUCAGUGUUGGUCUAUCACUACAGAAAACUGCAAAACUGAGAACUGAAAAAAACUGAGAAAAAUAAAUGCUUUAACGAUGUAGCAAGGCUGA